AUCGAAGAGAUUACCGUCGUAAAUGGGUGACCUAUGCAAUGACAUGCGGAAUAUCAAUUUGGAAUUGAAUAAAUUCCCGGUGAAUCGUCUUCAGCGAGGAAAGUGCACCAAGCAUGAUGUAGCAACUAUGACAUCCGUUCGGCAUCUUGAUCCUUCGGUUAUCCGCGAAAUACAAUCAUCACUGGUCAUUACUUCGCUUCAAGCGUGUCUACAAGAACUCGUCUACAACGCCUUGGACGCCAACGCAACAUCAAUUGAUGUAGCGGUCAAUAUCAACAAAUACCUUGUGAGAGUGACAGACAAUGGCGUGGGCAUUCCAUCUCAAGACUUGGAUCAGCUUGCCACACGAUACGUCACCUCCAAGUGCCAUACAAUAGCGGAUCUGCAGUCAACACACUCUUUUGGAUUCCGCGGCGAAGCUCUAGCAAGCAUAGCUGAAGCAAGCAUUUUACAGAUCACUUCGCGACAUGCCCCAGAGAAAGAUGCGUACAUGGCGCUGUGGAAGGGAGGGGCGCUUAUGCAAAAGACAAAAGGGACUUUGGAUUCUAGGUAUCGAUCAGGAACAAUCGUGACCGUGCAAGACCUGUUUUACAAGUACCCUGUACGUCGGAAGAGAAACCUGGAUCUAUCUAAUGCACAGGUUACUAUGGAUUCCAUAAGGAGAAGCAUGGUCCAGAUCGUACUUCCGUAUCCCGAAAUCAAUUUUUCACUGACUGAUUUAUCGCGCAAUACAAAAUUACUGGUGGUCAAAAAAUGUGGCUCCAGUGCUGAUGUUUUUCGACAAGUAUUUGGUGACAGUCUCUCACGGACGCUGCAGUUGAUAACACUUUCUGACCAUGCUAUAAAAAUACAUGCAUACUUUGGAGUACAUGGCGUACCGACAAAGAUCCACCAGUAUAUAUAUAUCAAUCGACAGUGGAUUUCAACCGCGGAACUGUACAAAGCGAUAACCAGUAUAUGGAACUACAGUUCGAGUAACACUUCACAGUUGCCAGACAAUGACGAGUCGGAUAGCCGUAAAAAACGAGGACGAUUCAUGGCACAACAUCCCAUGUUUCUCAUUUUCAUCGACCACCCUUCCAUGACAACUUGUGAUAUAUCCUUUUACCAAAAACUGACGACCGAACACAAGAUUCAUGCAACUUUGAAACGCUUGCUUGAGCGUAUUACUGCUUCUUUUUUGCAUAGAUUUGAACUUCUUGACAAAAGCAGCUAUCGUGCGCUGGUGAAAACCAUUGAUGCCCAGUAUAAACAAGUAGAACGAUACCCAUCGUCAACAGAUGAUCAUGAAGGAACAAAGAAAUUCACAACAACCACUCCUUCGUCCAUAAAAGAAACGUUACGCUCAGGAAGGGGAGAUGUCAAACAUAGAACGUCUGUGCUAGAAGAGGCCCCUCAGAGCGGCUCUAUGGAGACUAUGGAUGAGAGGGAUGAGAGAUAUGAGAUAUUCCAAGGCAUACAACUGCCUAUCAAACUGUCGCGGGAAGAUCUUUUGAAAGCCGAUGUCCUUGGUCAAGUGGAUGGCAAGUUUAUUUUAUUAAAGGGCCAAGAAAAUCUGGUGAUUGUGGAUCAGCAUGCUGCCGAUGAAAGAAUCAAGCUGGAAAAAAUGUUGGCCAGAAUGGAUCCUAUAGAAACUGUACAUAUUGAUCCCGGCAUCAAGAUUCAGCUGACGUCUCAUGAAUAUGAGCUGUUGGUACGCUUUACGCCCUACCUGCAUACUUGGGGCAUCCACUUUUCAUGCCACUUUCGCAAGUCAACUUCCCGCACUUCGCUGGCUCAGUCGCGUCAUUUUAUUACUUCGGAAGCUUCACCUCAUUUCAGUGUGAACGACAGUCGAAAGGACACGAUCUAUAUAGAGCAAUUGCCUCAACUUGUGGCUGAUCGAUGUAUCAUCAAUGAAGACAUGUUGGCCGAUCUCAUCAAAGAAUACCUUUACUGGCUGGAAGGUCACGAUUUUCCAGAUAUGGCGAUGCAGAUGUGCCCUCACGGUAUGAUGGAAAUCCUAAAAUCCAAAGCUUGCCGAGGUGCCAUCAUGUUUAAUGAUCUGCUGACUUUAAGCGAUUGUCAGCAUAUAAUUACUGCGUUGGCAGCAUGCCAAUUCCCGUUUCAAUGUGCUCAUGGCAGACCAUCCAUAACUCCUUUAGCCUCCUUGAACCAAAUGCGUCAUUUAGAAACUCCAUCAAGACCAAUACACUGGCAACGAUUCGUCACUUAGAAAUUACCAAUAUCUCCAUCUUUAAUAUCAUGGUGUAA